AUGACCUUCUCUGCCCCUGGGUAUAACUAUCCAAAUCCUGCUCCUGUAUCCAACCCCUACUCCAGUAUCCUUCUCCGGUAUCCAGCUCCUCCUCCAGUAUCCAACCCCUCCUCCAGUAUCCUACUCCAGUAUCCUUCUCCAGUAUGUUCCCCUUACUUCAGUAUCCAACCCCUACUGUACUAUCCAAAUCCUACUCCAGUAUCCAACCCGUACCCUAGUAUCCAACCCCUACUCCAGUAUCCAACCCAUACUCCAGUAUCCAACCCCUACUCCUGUAUCCAACUCUACUCUAGUAUCCAACCCCUACUGUACUAUCCAAAUCCUACUCCAGUAUCCAACCCCUACUCCUGUAUCCAACCCCUACUCCAGUAUCCUACUCCAGUAUCCAACCCCUACUCCUGUAUCCAACCUCUACUCCAGUAUCCAACUCCUACUCCAGUAUCCAACCCCCUACUCCAGUAUCCAACCCCUACUCCUGUAUCCAACCCCUACUCCAGUAUCCACCACCUACUCCAGUAUCAAACCUCUUUUCCAGUAUCUGACCCUUACUCCAGUAUCCUACUCCAGUAUCCACCCCCUACUCCAUUAUCCGAGUUACUUCCCCUCUAUGAAUGUUUGUUGCUAAAAUCUGUUGAAAGUGUAUAA